AGUAGUAAAUGAAAAAAAAACGCUCAAAGAUAUCUUCGUCCCCGUCCCUCUCUCACCGCCGGAUCUUCGUCAUCUUCUUCUUCUUUGUCUCCGUCAUCCACCAAACAAGAUUUAAUGGUGGAGAUAUGGACAGAAUCUUAUGGCUGUUUUGUGGCAAGCAUCGCUCGUGCUGUAAGAUGGUCCUCUUCCGCUCAUUGUGUUAAUUGAGUUUGAUCUGACUGAAAUGGCGGACAAAAUCACGGCUCUAUCUCAAUUCUUCAUCAAUAAUCCUCAAGUUGUCCCUUACAAAUGGGCUAAGAAUUACAUUUCAUCUUCUUCGGUUGAGAUUACACGAACAAAUCGGACACGGGCACUCCCAGGUUCCGUAAAAUUUCAGAAGCUUCACACCAAAAACAGACAGAGAAUGUGUUCAUUAUCUUGCUUUGCGACCUCUGAAAAUGUUGGGUUCUUUAGAAAUGGGAUCGGUGAUGGUGAUGGGAUUAUAAUUGUCGAUCAUGGUUCUCAUCGCCAUGAAUCCAAUCUUAUGCUUGAUGAGUUUGUGAAGAUGUUCAAAGACCAAACUGGAUACCCAAUUGUGGAACCUGCUCAUAUGGAAUUGGCAGAACCUUCUAUAAAAGAUGCAUUCAGCAUAUGUGUUCAAAAAGGGGCGAAACGGGUAGUUGUUAGCCCGUUUUUUCUCUUUCCUGGAAGACAUUGGCAACAGGAUAUUCCGUCUUUGACUGCUGAUGUUGCAAAGGAGUUCCCUGGCAUAGCAUACCUCAUAACUGCGCCUCUCGGGCUUCAUAAUCUCCUCGUGGACGUUGUGAACGACAGAAUCAAACAUUGCUUGGGGCAUGCACAGGGUGAUGCAGAUGAGUGUGAGGUUUGUGCAGGAACUGGGAAAUGCAAGCUUUACAAUGCUGCUUAGGUUCAGAAUUCAGAGGCCCAAGGCAAUAUUUUGUAUAAGAUGCGUCAUCAUUCCGGAUGUAUGGAUAUUCCGGUUGGUGUAUGUAUAAACCGAAUCGAAUGAACCAAAUCUACCCUAAUGAAUAUAAAAUCUAAUUAACUGAAUUCGA